CCUCUUUAUGCAUCGAACCUCGUGGUUCCAAUUUUCCGUCUUAUCUUUCAAUUUCGAAAUGAAUGGGAAGCCCAAAUUAAAUUCUGAAUUCCGUUUUAAAACCUGUGAAUCAAUUAGAAAUAAGGACACCUCUUAGGGCAGCGUCUGCAAAUCAAACUUACGCUGACCCGAUUAGGUGACUGGAUGACGAGGAGGAGGCGAUGAUAGGAGGCCGAAGAGGGUGCCGAGGAUGCCUGAGGCCGUUGUCGAUCUAGUCGGACUCGGAGCUCGGUGCCAAAGACGGGCAUGGACCAUGCUAAGACGCCGCUGAUCCCGCAGAAACAUCAUCAGGAGAGAUCUCGUCCUAGGAAGCAGGAACACGCAGCCGAUGUGUCCUUGCCCCCGUUGACACCGUUUCCCAAUCACCGACCCAGAACAAAAACCACAUGGAGCUCUAGCUCUCCUAACCCGCAUCCUUUGGGAUCUCAAGACUGCUCCCAAAAGAGAAGACCCUACAAAGUCCUGCAUAUAGGGGCGACGCCUCUUAUGCAUGCUUGCCAACAAGCGGACAGACCAAGGGUUUUGAAACUCCUGAAAGAUCAGAGUGACACCAUCGGAUAUCGAGAUCGUACCCUAAGAAGUGCUCUCCACUACUGCAUGGACGCCGGAACUGGCGGUGCCGUUGCGUCGGCGGCACCGGAACUGGUUAACCAACCUGAUGCUGAAGGACAUACGCCCUUACAUCUGGCUGUAAUUGCCGGUGACACGCAAUUGGUAGCCAUCCUCUUAGCGAAUGGUGCUGAUGUCAAUGCCAAAGACCUGGAGUGCCACAGUGUUCUUCACUGGGCAACUGUGUGUGGAGAAGCGGAGUGUGUUAGAUUAGUGCUAGCAGCAGGAGCAAGACCAUCGACUCCAGAUUUAAGGGGUGGAUCUCCUUUGCAUUAUGCUGCUCAAUGUUGUGGAGCUGCAGCAACUGCUGAGUUGUCAGUACCGAAAAAAGUGGGCCUGAAGGUAUUACAAACACUUUUGGAAUUCGGAGCGAAUGUGAAUGCGAAAGACGAAGAUGGAAGACAACCAAUUUUGUGGGCAGCAAGUGCUGGAAGUGUUGAAGCAGUUCUCGCCUUGACUAGGGCUGGUGGUGCGGCCGCUGCAGGAGCCUCUGAUAAGGAUGGAUUGACGGCUCUGCAUUGCGCCGCCUCUAGGGGUCACGCCAGGUGCGUGGAAGCUCUGGUAAAUUUGUGUGGUUCCCAACCCGAUCAUGUCGACGAUAAUGGCUGCUCGGCCCUUCAUUAUGCUGCGACACUAGGUCAUGCGGAUGCUACAGCUUUGCUUUUGAGAUUAGGAGCUGACCCCAACAGGCAAGAUCGCAAGGGAAGAACACCAGCGUUGUGUGCUGCAGCAAAAGGACAAUUGGAAACCCUGAAAAUUCUUGCAACCCAUGGGGGUUCCCUUCACGCCAGGACCGUUAGAGGAACAGGGGUGGCUCACGAAGCAGUAGCCUCAGGCUGUGUUGAAUUAAUCAAAUGGUUGGUGAAAAAAAGGCCAAGUCUUUUAGAUAUUGCAACUCAAGAUGGAAAAACACCUCUCCAUGUGGCUGCUCUCCAUGGUCAUUUGGAUCUCUGCAAAGUUCUCCUAGACAAUGGAGCUAGAAUUAAUGCUGUUUUAAGAACCAGUAAGGGUAGUUUAAUGACUGCAUUGGAUGCUGCUCUUUAUAGAGGCCACCGAGACUGUGCUAAAUUGAUUCAAAUGCAUGGAGGAUCAACAGCUCAACAGCUCAGGACACAUAAGACAGCUCCUUCCAAAGUCUUCUCUGCUAAGCUGCGAGUAAAAUGCGCUGAUUCCAGCACAGAAAGCGACAGCAGUCCCCAUCGAAAGAGUCGUCGACACCUUGACCCGGACCUCUACUAUGAGGAGCGUUGGAUUGAGCGGAGAACUCGUCGCAGAAAAGGAAGUCUCAGAAGACUAGCUCGCCAGGAUAGUCGAAGUUUUAGCGAAGAGGAACUUCGACUUUCCAAAAGCCACGCAAAAAAGGACCAGCAGAGAAGAGCACUCAGUGAAUCAGCCAGAUACAACGAUGAGGAGAGUGAAGACGAGGAGGAAGCAUCAUCCAGGAAGAAAAAGGGCAGAAGACAUUUAAAAAGAAGCAAACACGAAUACAGUGAAUCCUGGACUGAAUCCGAAAGUUUAGAUGACGAAGUUCUCAAAUCAAGCAGAAAAAGCAAAGAGGAUCUUUCCAGUAGAUCUGUAAAGAAAAAAAAUCAUGAAAAUGAUCCGGGAGAUGCUCCCAGCCUCAGUGAUGAUAGUCUCGAAGUUGUGAUAGUGAAGCAGUCAAUUGAGAAGAAAUCAGAGAAGGUUGUUUCUGGUAAGAGAUCAAAGACACCAAAGGAAAGUUUUGAAGACACGAAGGUGAUUAAAUCAUGUAGAAAAAGUUCCCGAAAGCCGAAGGCGAAAUCGAAGGAGCAGCCUGAGAUAAGGAAGAAGAAAUCUGUUGAGAUUGAUGAAGCGAGUGUUAGGGAGACGAAAAAUUCUCUUGAGAAGGGAAAAUUACGGGAAGAGAAGGAUGUUGAUGAUAGUACGAGUCAAGAUACAAUUGAAAGAGUAACUGUCACUGCGAUGGUUCAUAAGGAUCAGGCUCCGGAUACUCCGAAGGUAAAGGAAGAUCUAGAGGAAAAGAGCAAAACUGAUCGGAUUUUGGAAGAGGCUGAUGAGAUGCAAAAAGAGUUGGUAGAAAUGGCAACGGAUAUAAAAACAGUUGAUUCAAAAAAAGAAGAUGCAGAAAAGAAAGAAACUUUAGAAAAGAAAGACACUGUCGAAAAUAAAGACACUUUAGAAAAAGAAGAUAACUUAGAAAAAGAAGCUAAUGAUAAAGAUGAAGGAAAAGACAGUUCUGAAAAAGGAUCUGAGGAAAUAAGUCAUUCCGAAACUGAUUCUAAAACAUCUCCUGAAUCUCAAGAUUCUAAAGAUGACAAGAACAGCAAUCUUGAUAAUACAAGUAAAGAAGAAUCUUCAGAGAAGAAAGAUCACAAAUCAAAAGAUGAAGUUCAUUUAAAAGCUGAAGAUUCUGAAACAAAAGGGAUACAUGAAGAAUCCAGUAAAGAAGAAAGCACUUUAAAAAAGGAAUCUAGUAUAGAAGAUGAAGCAAUCACGAAAUCUGAGACUCAGAGGCGACCUUCUAAAAAAUCGACAAAGAAAUCUGAUCGAGAUGAAUCGGAAGGAAAAAAGGAAAAGAAGAAAGAUUCUAUAAAGGAUAAAGCAGAAUCAAGAAAAGAUGCUAGAAAACGUUUUGAUGCAGGAAAAGAAACCCCAGAUCAAUCUUCACAGUCCCCAACCAAAGGAGAGGGAAAUUUCUAUAAGGAAAAUAUACAAUCUUCAACAGAAAGAUCUUCAAAAGACCAACCGGAUGUUGAUUCUGCGAGAGGGAAAUCAGAGGAUGCUUCUUCUUGUCCAGAAUCUCCAGAUUCUACAAAGGAGCCCGAAAACCCGGAAACAAAAAGCGUGGAGUCAGAAAAGGGCAGGUCAAAAAAGGAUCAGGAAAAUCGUGUUACUAUCGGGGCUUCGGAGAGCUUUCGAUUCAUAGACGAAAGUUCUUCGAGUUCCCCAAGGUCUUCCAAAUUGGCAGAGCGAUCACGGCCCUCGACUGCUAAAUCCAAAAAGUCUCCUUUGAAAUCUGGCGUAAAGAAGACUACAUUUUUUGAUGAGACCUCUGAAGAUCGAAAUUCUGAGGAUCAAAGUGCGAUUGUAGCUGUUUUCGAAAAUCCAGCGUGGGAAGAGGAGGAAGAAGAAAUUGAUAAGGAGAUUAGAAAAGCGAUUGGCGAGGAUGGACAACAGGAUACUGAGUUGGAUGAUGAUGACGGGGUUGGAAUUAUGAGGGUUUUGCCUAGCACUAGUGAAGAAGAGACUCCGAGGAAUUUGGGAUUGGUAAUUCCCAAGAGACCCGAUACUGAUUCGCUUCAUCAGGUUCAUAGAAAACCUCAAGUGAGAUUGGCAAGAUCAGAAAGUCCCAUUGAAGAAAGAAAAGGGAGGGUUCGAUUAAAACAAAGAAGAGACAGUGGAGGAAGAGAUAGUGGAAUAGAACCAAGUCCCAGGGUUUCGAGGAUUCCUAGACGAAAUAUAAAACGUUGUCCUAAUACCGAAAAACAGCAAACAGUCAAUAUGGAAAGUGUGACCAGGGACGUUCAAGUCAGCCUUAGACGAUAUUAUCUCGAGAGGAAAAUAUUUUUUCAAUUAAUGGAUUUAAAGAGACUUCAGAUACGACACGGUAAAGCGAACGAGCACGUGUUGGUAAAAAGACAGGUGGAGUCGUUCAACAAAGCUGGAAUGACUGGACCAACACUUGGUGUUGUGAAAUACGAGAAGCCUUUAACUUUCCGGGACUUUGAAAGUUUUCUUUAUGAUCAACUUAGACGUCUUCAGAAAAGACCAGGGACUCCUGAUUGGUGUACAGAUGCAAAACAUUGCACUCAGAAGACUCAUCGAUGUCAUCAUGCCACUAGUGCCUACACUUCAGUUCCAAUUUACACUUAUCUAAGUGGAGGCGUCCCAGAACGAGGGACGAGUCUUCUUCCGAGGAUAGAGAGUCGGGGAAAGGGGCAAAUGACGGUGGAGGUGACGCAAGGAGAAGAAAAAAAGGUGAUCGCUCUACCGGCUGAUAAAUUGGAGAGCACCAAAAAAUAUUUUGUUACAUUCACUGUGAGCGGUGAGACUCAAGAAUCUGAGAAGCCUAGGCUGCCCAGCGCACAAAGAAACACAAAAAGUGUCUAAAUACGCCUUUGUAAAAAAAAACAUUCAACUUACUAUACAAUUCAAAUGUUUAAAAGAGAAAUUCAGUGUCUAAAAUCAAAUGU